UGGCAAUUUUCUCGAUGUCCUCUCUUCAUCGAGUAACAUCUUCUCAUCACAUCAGAGCUGCUGUUUUUAUGGAAUGACACAUGCCAGCUGAUUAAGGAACACAUCUCUGAAUUUGGAUCAUCUGUGCAGAAACAGGAAGUGAACAUGAGCGCUCUCUCCACCGACAAAAAGCCACAUGUGGAUUAUGGUGUUCAGAUUCGCUUCAUCAAAGACCUCCAUGACACAGGAGGAGGUUACCCAGAUAAAUCCAAAGGAAACAACAGUGCAGCUCCUUCUCCCAAUAAAUAUGGCGUUGCUGUGCGGGUUCAGGGAAUCUCUGGACAGCCCUAUGUGGUCCUGAAAGAUGGAGAGAAAGGUGACUCAUAUGGAGUUCAACUAAAUACUCCCACCCCCACUUCAGGGCCUCCUUCACCAUACAACAGUGUUCCCAGACUUAAUAAUGAAUCAGCAGAACUUGCUAACCCUCACAGCACUGUUGUAAAUCCACCAAGCUCGCCUGUUUCUCCAGCAGAGGAUGAGGAUGGGGAAAUUUUUGGGAGCCCUCUUAGAAGACCUCCUGGGGAUGGUCAAGCAGGAACACAAGGGGAGGAGGAAGGUAGAGCUGGAAGGGAAAGAGAGGUGGAAAGACCAAAAGCUGAACCCCAUAUCAAAGCAGCAGCCAAUGAAACAGAGAAAAAAAAAGAUCUGACUGAUAUGGAAAAGUAUAAUGAAGCAGGACUGAAACCUGUCAAAUUUAAUACUGUGAUACCCAAAGGGGUAAAUCCAACUGGCUCUGGCCUCACUAGCUCUUUGGGGAGAAACAGUGGACAGAAACAAGGUACAGAUUCCUCUUCACAGCCUUUCCCAGAACCUCCAGCAUCAACUGAUAGCGAGCCUACCCCAGCAAUUGACACCAAGUCCCUGGCUCCUAUCAAUAAGCUUAUCAGUAAGUUCAAUAGUGGAGCACAAACGAGUGCCCCACAGACCAGAGGCCGCUCUGGAGCAAGACAGCGGCUCCAGUUUGAUGAGCGCAGGAGGUCUAGUAGUCUUGAUGCCAGAAAAGAUGCACAACCAGAAGUUUUCCCUCAUUCUCCCACAUCUCCCAUACUGAAUCCCUACACUGUUCCCCUCUCCACAUCCUCCAAUUUACUCAUGUCAUCUGCUCCAGCAAGUAGCCUGGGGAAGAGUCCUACAUCUUUUGCCAAGGUGACAGCGCCUAAGGCCCCAAAGGCAAGCUUCAAGUCACCAGAGAAGUUUGUUGCCAAGGACACAUCUCCGUCUGUUGCAAAAAAGCCUGAAAUACUUCCAAAGAGUCUGAGUCAAAGCGCAGAGGUCAUCAGCAGGAAAGAUGCUCAAGUUAACAAGGCUUUAUACAUCAAAGACAGCCCCAGUGAAAGUGAGGAAUUCUUCAAAAAACAAGUUGACCUCGUCCAUCAGACAACUGACGGAUAUAAGAAGGAGGGAUCUGAUGGAGGUGUCAAAAAGGGGAAUCUUGAGGAACUUCAGGAGCAACUCAAACGCUGCCAGAGAGAACUGCAGCAGGCACAGGAUGAACUCACUGCAGAGCGUAUGGCCAGAGAAUUGGCAGAGUCCCGUCUGCGCCUUCAGGAAGAUCAGCUGGCUCAACUUCAGGAAGAGUUGAGGAGGGUUUCAGAAAACUCACCUCAAACGGACUCCCUUCAGACGGAUGUGAUGACCUUACAGGCCCAGCUGGCCGAGGCCACCCUGUUACACCACCGCCAAGAGGAGGUGCUACACCAGCGAGAGCGGGAGCUGACAGCCCUGAAGGGGGCUCUGAAGGAGGAGGUGGAGUGCCAUGACAGAGAGAUGGAGACUCUGAGGGAGCAGUACAGUCAAGACAUGGAGAACCUGAGAAAAACCAUGGAGCAGUUCACUCAGUCCCAGGAGGAGAUCGAAGAGGAGCGGGAGAAAGUGAACUCCUCAAUGUGGAAGAUGGAGGAAGAGCUGGAGGGUUUCAGAGACCAGAGAGAACAGUGGAGGACAGAACUGGAGGCCACCACCCAGGAGCUGCACAACACCAGAGAGGAGCACGGGAAUCGGUCCAGCAGCCCAGUGUUAAAAAAGUCUCACUUGGAGAAGGAAAAUGUGGAGGGCACACUGAAGGAUCUUCAGAAAUCACUGCUCUCCAUGAGGAAAGAAACACCUGCACCUGAUGAUAACCGCUCUUUAACAGAGGAGCUUCAGCGUUGCCAUGACGAUCUGAAGCGAACUCGAGCCGAUCUGGACAAACAAAAGGGUGAGCUUGACAAAAAAAACGAGGCACUCGAAGCUCUUAGGAAGACGAGCGGAGAGAAGGAGGCUGAGCUUCAGUCUGAGAUCGCCAAGCUGAAGGAGCAAAUGCAGAAAGACAAGGCUGAGCUGGAAAAGGCACACGAGAGGGCAAAGGAGGCAUUAUCUGGGUCCACAGGAAAGACGGAGGUGGACCAUGGCACCAAUCAGGAGCUGCAGGAAACAAACACUCGCCUCAGAGAGAGGCUGGCCCGCAUGACAAGGCUUCACUCCAGUAUGCCACGGAGCUCAGAGGCUGAAGAGGAGCUGGAAGCCCUUGAGGAUGAAAACCGCUCCCUGAAGACUCAGCUGGAGGAGGCCAAAAGAGGCACGAGCCGCCUGAGCAAAGAGCGGGACGAGCUGACCCGGCGGCUAGAGGAGAGGGACCUGGAGCGGGAGUUGUUGAAAAGGGGCAAAAGUGACCUGGAAGAACAGAAGAGGCUGCUGGACCGAGCCCUUGAGAAGAUUAACAAGGAGAUGGAGGUGAUGAUGGGAGAUUCUCGUCAGUCGGUGGCUUCCCUGCAGAUACAACUUGAUGAUUUCAGGGAGCGGUCGCGGAAGGAUCUGCAGGAGGCGCAGCGUAACAGCAAAGACCGACUGGUUGAGCUGCAGAGGGCUCAGAACAGCCUGAAGACCCAGCAGGAAGAGGUUUCCCGUCUGAAGAAGGAGCUGCUGUCGUGCAGCGAAGAGCGCGACAGUGCACAGCUGGAGAGAGACCUCCUCAACAACCGCCUUAAACACUUGGAGAGCGAACUAGAAUCAGAAAGGAGCACACAGACUGACCGCUCCCGAGAGAUCCGUGGCCUGGAGGAUAAAAUUAAAACACUGGAGAUCGAGCUGGAUGAGGAGAAGAGUAGUGUGGAGCUUCUGAACGAUCGCGUAACCCGAACCAGAGAUCAGGUGGACCAGCUUCGUUCAGAACUGAUGCAGGAGCGUUCAGCACGACACGACCUGGAGAUGGACAAGAGCUCCCUUGAGAGACAGAUAAAGGAGUGGAAAUCUCGCGUGGCAGACAUGGAGGGACAGCAGACCCGACCCUCAGCUGGAGUCACCCUAUUGGAAAACAAGAUUCAGGAGUUGGAGGAAAGACUACGCAGUGAAGAAAGAGAGAAGGCCAGCAUUCAGGCAUCGCAGAGACGGAUGGAGAGGAAACUGAAGGAGCUUAACGCCACAUUGGACCAGGAGAGAAGCCAACAUGUUGAGCAGAGGGAUCAGCUGUCCCUGCGAGUUAAAGCCCUGAAGCGGCAGGUGGACGAGAGCGAGGGGGAGGUGGAACGCUUGGAGGGAGUCCGCCGUAAGGUCCUCAGGGACUUGGAAGAGCAGCAGGAGCUCCAGGAAGCACUGCGGGCCAAAGUCACAGCGCAGGAGAGCGAACUAAAGCGGAAGUCACAGCAGACACAUCGCACAGCUCUGGGCUCCUCCAUUUUAAGCUCUGAGGAAGAGGAUGGUUUCUAUGACGGCAACAUCAACUCCAUCCUGAAUGAGAAUCACCUACAGACCACUAACUGCUAGAGGAAGAUGGCAACAAGAGUUUGUUUUUUUGUUUUUGUUUUUGUUUUUGUACCCCAAAAGAAAAGUUAAGACGUCAGUUUCUGUGCCCCCGGGUUUUAUUUUUAGUAAAGCAGUCCAAAAGAGACACAUUUUCAGGAGAAAAAUGUCUUUUUUUUUUCACUCGUUGCUAAUAAGAUUUCCUCACCGCUGUUAUCUUUUAUGAGAUCUUUUUGAAAGCAUGUUAAAAGAUUAAUUACAGCAACAACAACAAGGUGACGCUCAACAUGCUUCAACUUGGAACAUGCUCUUAAAAAGACAGUUUGAUUAAACAUAGUUCUUUCUUUGGUAGCACAUUCCUGUGGCAUCGCUGAUGUUUAGCUCAUACUGUAGAUUUUAUUCCUCAACCAAAAACCAGAACUUAUGUUCUGAUAUGGUGUUAUAUGUGUUUGCUUGUGCAUGAUACGUUAUGUCAGUGUUGUUAGCCCUUCCAGGUGUGUCUUUGUGUUAAAAGUGAUUUAUAUUUUUUGUUGUUUUUUUACCUUUUGAAUGUGACAUUUUUUGUCCAUUUAAACUGAGCCUAUAUUUUACACUGUGUUAGACACCUGCUACUGAAGACAAUCAAAUACACAGUACUGUAGCACUAUUAA